AUGUCGCGUAUAUCAAUGGUAACACCGUGUCCGUCCGGACCUGUCAACAGUAAGACGCGCUGGCCUGGACGAGACGACACGCUUACGAUAGAUAUCGAUUACACGCGAGCAUUACGACCAGACUUAACGCAUGGUGCAAAACCAAGGAGGAAAUCGACCUUUGUGCGCAAGACCGAUAGGAAUAUCGGUAUCACUAUCUUCGAAGAUGUGCUGGAGGAUGUGGAGUUGGCACUCGAGAAACCGAGGGCAGUGGUUGGCGCAACGCUCUUGGGCAAGCCUGCACAGAAACUUCCGAUGGACGCAGAUGGGCUGGCGAGCAGAGAUACAAUGGGCAAGAUACGGCAACCGCGGACAAGUCUCUUGCCGGCAUCGACUACUAUGCUUGCGGCAAAUGCGACAGUGGCGGGAACAUUGAAGAAGAACCCGCGAAGACGAACGAUUUACGUGCCGGAUGACACGACCAUGUUGACCAUUCAUCCGGGAGCGAACUCGACACGCCUAGACGACACCUUCCAACUACCUGUUCUGCCUACAGUAGCGUCCCUGCCAUACGUACCUCGACCUGAGACAGUUACUCGGGUGCAGGAACAUUCGCCACCAGCACCGGGGCCGAGGAUGUCUAUGGCUCCGAAGCGUGCUCCGCUACGACACAUGCGCGCCACUACAAACGUCAGCAACACGUUCUAUGAAGUUGCUGGUCAAGGAGGUGGGAAGGAGAAUGUGCCGCCCAGGGCGUCAACGGCUGCAAAGUCUUUCGAGAAGACAGAAAGUGUCAAGCCUGCUGUGGCGCCGGUCAUGUCCGUAAAGACUGCUGCAGCCCAGUCGAGACUUUUUGAACCCACUGUGUCCUCGCAAGCCAGGCAGACGACGGUGGUUCGAAAAGCUGUGCCUGCACCCAGAUCUCGGACAACGGUUAGACCAGACGGAAUCUCGCUCAAGCGAAAGGACAUGCAGCACCACUCAUCACUGGCCGCUUCGACCGCACAUAGCCAGCGACCAAGACCACAUGGUCGUCCAGCUUUCUUAAAAACGUUCCAGGCCCCUGCGAGUGCAAAGUUAUCCCAGUAUCCUGUCUUGGUCGAGGAUGUUGAGCAACCGCAGCUCUAUGGCACGGGAUAUCUCAGCCAAGAAGAGAUUGCCUUGACCGAGCUUGUCAACACCGUAUAUGAUCACGCACAGCCAAAGCAGUGGGAAGAACAUGAUACUAGUCUACGACAGAAACUCCUUGAGAUCUACCACCGACCCGAGGUCACGACCCUCCACAAUCGAAUGCAGGCGUCGCUGGAAUGCGGAGCUCUCAGCCGACCAAAGGAUAUGUCCUCGCCACCAGACAUCACGCAAGAUCUUGGCUUGCGGAAGCGCUUCCUGCGAUUGUGGCUGCGAAACUAUGAGCCGGAAGCUCUCCAAAGGGUUGCAGAGGUUGUGGUCGGACGACAAAUGCAAAGUUCGAGAUCCUCAAGUCUUCUAAUUCCUUCAGCUGGAUCUCUGGACAACACGCGCUCAACUCGGAGCCUUGUCAGCUUCUUCGAGACCUUCUUCGUCAUCGUUGAGGACCUUGAUGAGGGCAACAACCAUGGUAGAGUGGAGACUGCCGACGAUCUGGCUAUUCGACGAUGGCAGAAGACAGUACUUCGUAGUCUGAUGCUCACAUGGCUGCUUGACCAGGCUAAAGUCACGGGCACGGUAUCUGGUCGGCUAUUCAAGAGCACUGCGCAGCACAGGUCUUCUGCAGCCGUGCUUCACGCGCUCUCCAGCCUCCUCGUACCAUCUAUCGGCGACAUUACACGUACGCUACGCCGAUUCGACUUCAUGCUCGAGCACGUCCAGGACCCGCUUGAUGAGGUGGACUAUCACAUCGGCAACAUUGCAAUAGACUUUCGAGACGGAAUCCGGUUGACCAGGCUGGUCGAGUUACUGCUCUUUUCUGGCCAAGGUCAGGCGCCCUCUUUAGGGAGCAAAGUAGAGGAAGCGACCAUGACCUUGCACCUUCCAGACCAGAUGAUACUAAAAAGCGACUUUCCCAACUAUGAUGCUGGCACGUUGAGAGUCCUGUCCCAGCACGUCAAAAUGCCUUGUCUCGGUCGUGCACAAAAGCUCUACAACGUACAGAUCGCGUUGACUGCGCUCCAGGAGUAUAGCGACUGGUCCGUAGACAUUACAGCUGACGAUAUCGUGGACGGCCACCGCGAGAAGACAAUAAAUCUUCUUUAUGAUCUGAUCAACCAACAUGUUUUCACGCAACUCGUGGGUCAGAACGAACUUGCAAAAGACAUCGAGCAGACGGGUGGAGACACGAUAGCGACAACGCACUCCAAGCAGUCGGAUCGAGAAGACACGCUACUGCUAUGGGCUACUGCUCGCUGUAGCAGCGUGGACAAGAACCUCCAAGUUCGCAAUCUUACAACAUCAUUCGCGGACGGCAAAGUGUACAACACAAUACUGACUUCGUUCGCCGACGUACUGCCUUUCCAGCCUUCAUAG